UUGCCAACUUCUGCAAGUUUGAGGAAGAAGCAGAGAUAAGAGGAGAGCAGGAAGAGGAGAUCUUGAAAGAAAGCAAAAAAUAUUUGUAAGACCAUAACACCUCGGAAGCCGCAGCCAUGAAUGGAACAGAAGGUCCAGAUUUCUAUAUCCCCUUUUCCAACAAGACUGGGGUAGUACGGAGUCCAUUUGAGUAUCCGCAAUACUACCUGGCUGAACCAUGGAAAUACUCCGCGCUGGCCGCUUACAUGUUUAUGCUGAUUAUUCUUGGCUUCCCUAUCAACUUCCUGACUCUGUAUGUCACCGUCCAACACAAGAAGCUCCGUUCGCCUCUAAACUACAUCCUUUUGAACCUGGCAGUUGCUGAUCUCUUCAUGGUCCUGGGAGGCUUCACCACUACCCUGUACACAUCAAUGAAUGGGUACUUUGUCUUUGGGGUAACAGGUUGCUACUUUGAAGGCUUCUUUGCUACUCUUGGUGGUGAAGUGGCUCUGUGGUGCUUGGUAGUCCUGGCCAUUGAAAGAUAUAUAGUGGUCUGCAAGCCCAUGAGCAAUUUCCGAUUUGGUGAGAACCAUGCCAUUAUGGGUGUCGUUUUCACCUGGAUCAUGGCCCUGACUUGUGCUGCUCCCCCACUGGUCGGAUGGUCCAGGUACAUCCCAGAGGGCAUGCAGUGCUCAUGCGGGGUUGAUUACUACACCCUGAAGCCUGAGGUCAACAAUGAGUCCUUUGUGAUCUACAUGUUCGUAGUUCACUUCGCCAUUCCACUGGCUGUCAUUUUCUUCUGCUAUGGACGCCUGGUCUGCACUGUGAAAGAGGCUGCAGCCCAGCAGCAGGAAUCAGCUACUACCCAGAAAGCCGAGAAAGAAGUUACCCGCAUGGUCAUCAUCAUGGUCGUUUCUUUCCUGAUAUGCUGGGUCCCCUAUGCCAGUGUUGCUUUCUACAUCUUUUCCAAUCAGGGAUCUGACUUUGGUCCCGUCUUCAUGACCAUCCCGGCAUUCUUUGCCAAGAGCUCUGCCAUCUACAACCCAGUGAUCUACAUUGUCAUGAACAAACAGUUCCGUAACUGCAUGAUCACCACCCUCUGCUGCGGGAAGAACCCACUUGGUGAUGAUGAAACUGCUACUGGCAGCAAGACGGAGACCUCCUCGGUGUCCACCAGCCAGGUUUCUCCUGCAUAGAUUCCUCCUGGAAGCAGCUGAUCUCAGGGCUGGCAUGCAUUGUCAUCAUGGACACUCAAAUCCCAUCUGCAUGAAUGUAGUCAUGUUACUGUAAUGACCACUGCCACCUGCAUCCAAUUCACAAUUGACCCAGAAGGACGGACUUUUCAGUUCUGAUAAUAGAAAUUAUUUGAACAAGGCUGUAAAUAUUUUUAAAACUUAAAUACAAAGGGUUAGCGCCUCAGCUGGUGU